GAACCGAUUAAUACCGAUACGCCUUUUGUCACACCAGUCAUCACUUCAAGCGAGAAGCUUUUGAUGAAUCACACAACGUCUUCUACCACGCUUUCCUCUCCGUUCAGGCACCAUGAGAUUUUCCUUCAUGGAGCUGCCCGUUAACCAGCGCGCGGUCGUCGUCUCCAUCCUAAUCCUGUUGUUCGGGCUGCUCUUUGGCCUCUCGCUGGAUGCCAAUGCACACAUCCCCAAGCCUUGGAACCGCAUUUCCAGCAUCAUCGGAUGGAUCUACUUCUUCUGCUGGAGUGUAAGCUUCUACCCGCAAGUGUUCCUCAACCGGCAGCGCCGCAGCGUCGUGGGGUUAUCUCUGGACUACACAGUGCUCAAUAUGCUGGGCUUUACGUGUUACUCUAUCUUCAACGUGGCCUUCUACUACAGCGAGAGCGUGCAGCAGCAGUAUAUGCGGCGUCACGACGGCCACCGCAACGCCGUGGAGCUCAACGACGUCUUCUUCUCGCUGCAUGCGGCCCUACUGGUGGCUGUAUCGCUCUUCCAAUGCGCUAUAUAUCCGCGCGGCGGACAGGUGGUCAGCAAGCCCACGAUCUUAUGGACCGGCGGGACUAUCGUCGCCGCUGCUAUCUUCGGUCUUGCGGUCCUGUUCACUGGCAAUAACGAGGACUCGUUCAUCAAUACGUUGAACUUAUUGUAUCUGCUGAGCUAUGUGAAGCUCAUGACGACGCUGGUCAAGUGUCUCCCGCAGAUUGCGUUGAAUUAUCAGCGCAAGUCGACGGUCGGGUGGACUAUUUGGAACGUGCUACUGGACAUUGCAGGAGGAUUGUUGUCGAUUGGACAGCAGGUGCUGGAUGCCGCGGCGACGAAUGACUGGACGGCCAUGACGGGGGAUCCAGUCAAGUUCUCGCUGGGCUUUGUGAGCAUUAUUGUGGACGUGGUGUUCAUCUUGCAGCACUACGUGUUGUACGCCGAAAACAAUUACUUUAUGGAGCAUGGAGGAGAAACGAAGCCGUUCUUGCCCAAGUAAGACGAAGAAAAAAAAAGGCAAAACAACACUUACACAAGAAGGAAUGGGUAAUUUUUCUACAUUACACAAGUUUUUUUUUAUCUGGUCAGGAGCAUAUUUUUUAUCGUCUGAAUAGUUUGUGUGAAAUGAUAUUUGAACAAAGUCUAGCC